UGCCACCUGAAAAGAUUGUGAUCGGCAUGCCAAUGUAUGGUAGAACCUUUGAAAACACAAAUGGUCUUGAUACUCCAUACAAUGGAAUUGGUUCUGGAUCUUUCGAGGCGGGAAUUUACGAUUACAAAGUUUUGCCCCGGGAAGGUGCAACCGAGUAUUAUGACGAGGAGUAUGUCGCAGGUUAUAGUUACGAUCCCAAAUCUAAAGAAUUUGUGACUUAUGACACGCCACGUGUGAUUGCUGAAAAGGUCAAAUAUAUUAAAGAGAAAAAUUUGAAUGGAAUAAUGUUUUGGGAACUUUCAAACGAUCUGUCAACCGGCAAUACUCGAUCCCUACUUUCCACCGCAUAUGACUCUCUCGGAGGAUUAAAAAAUUUAGAUGAUAGUUAUAACCACUUGAAUUUUCCGUCAAGUGCCUAUGAUAAU